UCAACCUCCCCAUUCUCAGAUUCCAUGUCAUUAACAACCAACACUCACACACUACAGUCAACCAUGUCCUCCUCAAUCUCCACCAGCCCAGCAGCGCGCUCUUCAAACCUUUCCUUCUUCUCCUUCCACCUCCACCACCACCCACUCCUUCCCUUCCCAACCUCAAUCUCACUCCCAAUCCCAUAUCCCAGCCCUACCGCCACGCUCCGUCUCACUCUCUGCCGGGCCGCCAACUCCCAGACUGGUCCGGUCAAGAAACGACCAUCCAAUAAGAAGAAGAAAAAGAGCAAGGCCAGUGGCGGUGGUUCGGAGGGUUUGAAUCUGAGCGAUGUUGAGGUUGUGCGUGAUUUGGGUGUUGUUGAUAAUGAUGUGGAUGGUGAUGAUGGUGAGGGGGGUUUGAGCUCCGAUGGGCGGUCCUUGCCGUAUCAGCCGAUGCCGCUGCCUAAACCGCCCGCAGGGUUCGUGGUGGAUGAUCAUGGGAGGGUUGUGAUGGCUUCUGAUCCGGUGAAGCGAAUUGCCACCGUUGUUGAUCCUACUAAUAAUCUUCCAUUAGAGUGCAUUGUAAGGAGAGUGUUCAGAAGUUCUCAAGGGAAUGAAUGCAUGCUGCUGUGCCCCGUUGACACGCCUGUACAGAUUUUAAAGAGCACGAACAUUGAUGGGUGGUCAGCCGUCAACGAUGAAGAAGUUGAAGCUAUUCUUCCAUCGGCUGCUUAUGCUCUUGCCAAAAUACAUAUGCAUCUUGUACAUAGUGGAUUUUGUUAUACAGCACGUGGAGGGUUUUGCUACUCAGAAGAUGGCAUAUUCGAUUUCCGUACAGAUGAUGGGCAAGAUAUAGAUGGCUUGCCAACCGAGGGUGUAGAAAUCACAUGCUUCCAUCUGGAUGGUGCACAUUACAUGAUUUACACACCAUCCGAUCCGCUUCUUUUUGUGGCUGUUAAGAAUCACAAUGGGGUGUUGCAAAUUGCGGAUGAUGAUCUCCUGGAGGACCCAGCUAUUAUAAGCGCAAUAGACGAGGAGACUGAAUUUAAUGCGUUGGUGGAGGAAGAGUCGGCUCUUCUUGAAUCAUUGAAGUUAGGUGAAAGAUAACCAGAUGGAUCAUCUUAAGUCAAUAGUUCGUCAAAUUGGCUUGUUUUGUCAUCUUUAUAGGAGGCUGCACCAAGUGUUCAAUUUGGAAGAUACUUCACUACAAGAGGCGGGAAUUUUUUUUUUUUUUUUUUU